AUGUCUUGGCUUGGUGCUGCCCCCCUCAAGAAGUUCCCGGCGCCAGUCCUGAAGCCCAUGGCUCCCUUCUUCGCGGCCGGUCUGGUUAUCCUAUACGGAGUGAACGCCGCGCAAACAUCCAUGAUGAAGUCCGACGAGUGGAAGAACGACCCGCGCAACCCGAACGCCAAGGCUGGUCACUAA